CCCAAAAUGGCGCAAUGAAUGAGAAAAGGCUUUGUUCGCAAAUAUGCGAAUUCUAGGAUUUCUGUGUAGAAAAUAAAUGUUCAGUGGACUAUAAUGGAAAGUGAAAAAGGUGCAGCAAGUCUCUGAUACAUGUUUCACUCUUUUAUCGAAGAAAAACACGAUGGACUUUGAUUUCAAGUCCAAGGCGGCUGCUAAGCGACAGAAGGUUGAAGAUGAAUUUGAGUUCGAUGGAAUGAAAGUCGGAAGAGGUACAUAUGGACAUGUAUACAAAGCAAAAAGAAAAAAGAACGGUGAUGAAAAACCUACUAAGUACUAUGCAUUGAAAUUAAUUGAAGGAACCGGAAUAUCUAUGUCUGCCUGCAGAGAAAUUGAGCUGCUCAGAGAAUUAAAGCAUCCGAAUGUGAUCAGUUUGAAGAGAGUAUUCUUGUCUCAUUCUGACAGAAAAGUAUGGCUACUCUUUGACUUUGCUGAACAUGACUUGUGGCAUAUAAUUAAGUACCACAGAGCUUCUAAAGCAAACAAAAAACCAGUGCAGGUGCCAAGAACAAUGGUGAAAUCACUACUGUUUCAAAUUUUAGAUGGUAUACAGUAUCUCCAUGCUAACUGGGUGCUACAUAGAGACUUGAAGCCUGCCAAUAUUCUGGUGAUGGGAGAUGGUCCAGAGAGAGGUAGAGUAAAAAUAGCUGACAUGGGUUUUGCUCGUCUUUUCAACUCCCCAUUGAAACCAUUAGCAGAUUUAGAUCCUGUGGUAGUAACAUUUUGGUACAGAGCUCCAGAGUUGCUACUUGGUGCUAGGCAUUAUACAAAAGCAAUUGACAUAUGGGCUAUCGGUUGUAUAUUUGCUGAACUCCUAACAUCUGAACCAAUAUUCCACUGUCGUCAAGAAGAUAUCAAAACCAGUAACCCAUAUCACCAUGAUCAACUCGAUAGAAUAUUUAGUGUUAUGGGAUUCCCUCAUGAGAAAGAAUGGGAAGACAUUCGCAAAAUGCCAGAAUAUGGAACUUUAAUGAAAGACUUUAGGAGAUCAAAUUAUUCAAAUGCUAACUUACCGAAGUAUAUGGAAAAACACAAGAUUAAAGCAGACAGUAAAGAGUUUCAUUUGCUAUCUAAGUUACUUACAAUGGAUCCUACCAAGAGAAUCACAUCAGAACAAGCAUUGGAAGACAAUUAUUUUCUAGAAGAGCCUGUACCUACUCAUGAUGUGUUUGCAGCCAUGCCAAUCCCAUAUCCCAAGAGAGAAUUUUUAACAGACGAUGAGAAUGAUGAUAAAUCAGAUACUGCUAAGGCACGUCAAAAUACCAGCAAUUCAUCUAGCCAUGCACCGAAUGCAAAGAGAGUCCGUGUUGUUCCUCCAUCCAACACUUCAUCAAAUCCUAUUAUGACACAACAAGACUAUCAACAACAGAAGCAUGUCCUUCAGGGAUACCAGGGAUCUGGUGGUCAGAGCAACUCCCAACAAAACACCUUGUCUUACUCAACUGGCAGCAAUGUACAUGGUACUAGCAGCACAGUCUACUCAGGACAGCAGCAGCAACAACACAGAUACUAAGCUCAGAUGUCGGGUUUCUUUUAGCAGAUUUUCCACAAUUGUCCAAGUACUUUUUUAGCUCCAAAGUCGGGUAGUGCUUUUAUAUUACUUAUUGCCUGCUGGCAUAAACAUUACUGUAAAAUCUGUAUUAGAAGCUGCGGCUUCUACUAAAAUGGUACAAUGCAACAGAGGGGAUGCGGCUUCUAUUAAAAUGGUACAAUGCAACAGAGGGGAUGCGGCUUCUAUUAGAGCAUGUACACAUAUGAGGAAUGAUGAAUGUUUGAGUCUCAAUUAUUCAAAAAAAAUGGGUGUGACUUCUAUUAGGAAUCCGGUUUCUAAUAAAGAUUUUACGGUACUUCUUCUUGAAAACUAUAUGAUACUUUCCAGAAAGGCAUCGUGGAUGGUCCCUUGAACUUUAAUUCUGUUAUCUUCUUGAAAACGUCAAACCUGAUUAUGUUGGUAUUUCGUAUGUACCUUGGGUGGACUAUGCCAUUGAUCAGAUUGCAUUAUUGAACAAUCGGCCAUAUGUUUGCACAUACAGUUAUUAGACAACAAUAUUAUGAUACAUGUAAAACAACUACCCAUGUUCCAUUCCAAAUUUAGUUAGUUUUAUCAAUAAGUUAGUUAGUGUUAUCUUCGCUCAGGAAAGGGUAUACUUUAAAAGAAGUGCUUCAUGCUAUUUUUUAACUUUGUUCCAGAACAGGAAAAAGUUUUAAUAAGCAUGUCUAUUUGGUGUUGCUGAUGGAACAGGGUUUACAAACUGCCUAUUUUAAGUUUAUU